CAUUGUUGUUGUCAUUCUCCAAAACAUGCCCAUCAUGCUUCCAGAAGAGAAAAAAUGCUUUUAUAAAAUCAUUUGUUGUGUUAUAUUUGAUCUUUUUUGAGCCACGAUGAGCGGAGCGGACUCUGCAGAGAAGUGAUCACGCUGCAGUUGGGACAUUAUUCUAAUUUUGUCGGGACUCACUGGUGGAAUUUGCAGGAUGCUUCUCUGUCCUAUGACCCAGACUCUCCUCUGGGGGAGAUUCAGAGCGAUGUUGUGUUUCGAGAGGGACAGACCCCUGGGGGCCAUGUCACCUACACCCCACGCCUCAUUGCAAUGGAUCUUAAAGGCAGUCUACGAUCUCUGCGGCAGGAGGGAAGUUUGUACGACCCUGGUAAAGAUACAUCAGCAGUCACAUGGGAGGGAGAUCUCACGAUGCACAAAGAAAGUCCUCCACAGAAGAACUCUUUUCUUGAGGAUCUGGACAAGUUGGAUAAAGGGGAGAUUUUAGCUGAAGCUGGCUUUUCCAGCUCCCAUCCUCAGUUCUCUGCGCCAGCACCUGUGAGUGUGAACACAGUGAACAGUCAGCUCUCCAGACUUCAGAAAAGCUACAGACUCGAGGGCAGUGUCAAAGUGUGGUCCGAUUUCCUCCGGAUCCACCUGCAUCCACGAACCAUCUCUGUGAUUCACCAGUACAACCACGAUGGAGAAGCCCACCGUUUGGAGGCGUUCGGCCAGGGGGAGGCGCUGCUGCAGGGCUCAGUGCUCGAGGACCUGGAGGACAGACUGCAUUUCUUUGUUGAAGAGUGUGAUUAUUUACAGGGUUUCCAGGUGUUUUGUGAUCUGGCUGAUGGGUUUUCAGGCCUGGGGUCAAAGGUCAUGGAGAUGCUCCAGGACUCGUACAGUGGGCGGGGCAUCCUGACAUGGGGACUGGCUCCUGUCAAUCACCCGAACUCUACUCCAAUGAAGGAUCUGUACCACCUGUUGAACUGCACUUUAGGCACAGUGCACCUGUCCAGUCACAGCUCUUUGUUUUGCCCCAUGACGCUGAGAGGAGGUCUGGGGUUAAGGCCUACCUCACCUGUCGCCUUUCCCUACCUGAACUAUGAUCCCUCUUUGUGGUACCACUCCAGUGCAGUUCUGGCUUUAGCCCUGGACGCCCUGACUGUGCCUUACAGACUUAGAGACAACAGCGUCCCCAUGUGGCAGCUGUCGGACACGCUGGCUGUUUCAGGGAGAAAGGUUGUCUCUGCAUACGGCGCUGUCCCGUUUCCCAUGAUGCAUGGCGGCUCUUUGCCCGACGCCCUCAGUCCCUUCUCCAGAUCUUUGCCGUGGAAACCUCUGUCGUCGUGUUUGGAGCUCGGAGACGGGCGCUGCUACAGGCAGUGGACCACGCUAAAGGGCUAUGAGGGACAGAGACUCAUCAGCUCUCUGACUCCUGACCCCUCCCCGUCCCCUCUGCACUCACUUCACAGCGGAGAGGACGUCCUGGCAUCGUACCUCAGCUCCUUCUACCCCAAUGCUCCUCUCGCUCUGCAGUUGGUUUCCACGCCCAGUAAACUCACCGCUCCAUUUCCUCAGAUGUUUAACCCAAUGCUCGAUAUGCAUGGAUUUGUACACAGUGAAAGUCCCCCAGCAGCAGGAUCGUCUGUCCUGCCUGUGUCCUCUGCUCCGGUCCUCACCUCUCUCCAGUCCGGUCCAGGUCUUGCGUUUUGGCUUUCGGAUCUGCACCGUAUGGUCAGCUCCUUCGAUAUUCGACGACGUGUGGCCCCAAGCUUCCUGUCCCAGGGUCUGGAGGAGGGUGACUACCACGAGACUCUGGAACAGCUGAAGCUCCUGUCCAGAGUGUACAGAGACGACAGCGGAGGGACCACCCGCUCUUCCUCUGAGGAUGAGGAUGAUGAUUGACAGCUUAUAUUUUGACGCACACUGCACUGCAACCAAAUUAGGACUCAGAAACUGUAUCAAAUGCUUAAAGGUGCAUUGUUUAACUUAUCUGGUGGAUGUCUGUCACUUUGUCUCCACGGAAAUGUUAUUGCUUUGCCUAAAAUGUUCCAUGGUAUGACAUUAAACACAUCUAUCUAGCACUUCAUUCAUUACGGGUGUUUCUGUGUUUCUGUCUCAAAAAUACAAUAAUAAUUCUUUCUGUGAAUAGGGUUGCUUCCUUCCUUCCUUCCUUCCUUCAGAUAGGUUUUUAUCUCUACUGUGGAACAUUCUAGACAAAAACAAUAAUAUCUUCAUGUAGGACAAGAAGGUGCCGGACCCUCCACCAAAAAGUUGCACAAGAGGACCAGGGACACAUGAAAUCAAGUUACUGUAAGAGAUGUGAUAGCAUGUAAAACCAAGCACUUAAAAAUUCAAAUGUAGUAAUUUGUGUGAAGUAAAAUGGUUAAACUUAACAGUGGUUUCUCAUAAUAUUAAUUGUAACUGGACUAAGCUUAAGCCUCAUUAAAGCCAGCAGCAAAUAAACAACUGUGAAGAAUAUUACACUUUUUGAGCAAUCUUGUAUCCUGCCCAAAGGGUUCAGUAAAUUUGGCAUGAAAAAAAGCAUUUCUGAAACAUUUUUGUAUUCAGUAAAAUGAAAUGGCAGAAGUGAUCUAAUGGUUGUAUGUAAAUGAAUUAUACCACUGUCUAAUAUGGGAACGCAUACGCCACAUUAGCUUUGUUAAUGUUUAUUCUAUAUACUGUACAGACUCAAGACUGUUUACUCUCAUUAAAUGAGUUUUCUACAAA